AUGUUUCGCCGUUGUUGUCUUGCCACGCCUCAUGUAGCCUCUACCACUGCAACGGUAGGCGGCGCUUUGACCAGCAACCAGAAGCGUUUUUUGAAAAUGGCGAAGUCGGCGUUUGGUUUUUACCUGGCACGCCGUGGGCAGCGAAAGUUUCCGUUUCUGCGACGGCCACACAUCAAAAAUACUCACGCGAUGAACCUGAGCGCGCCGUACUUUUGGAGCUUCAUGACGGCGAAGAGUCAGACUUUUUUUCUACCCGAGGAGAACUACAUCACGGGCGAUUGGACGGGGAAGUUCUUUGUGUCGAAGCGCCAGGUGUACACCUUGCAGCAUGCCACAAGCGGGGCACGGGUGCGGGUAAAGUCUUUUCCCUCUGUGUUUGAGCUUAGUAGUCCAUCGCGGUGGAACAUAGGGAAGGAGAUGAACACGUUGACAAAACCUCGCAUGGACCUUAUCGACGAGCAGAUGUUAACGAAGAAGCAACGAUUAGACUACGUCAAGGCAGGAUUGCUUCCCAAGUAA